AUGGUGGGUGGAAUAAAGGAGGACACAGAGGAGUAUCACAUCAGAGAGUACUUUGAGCGCUAUGGAAAGAUCGAGACCAUCGAUAUAAUGGAGGAGCGCUCGACAGGGAAGAAGAGAGGCUUCUGCUUCGUCACCUUCGACGAUCACGAUACUGUGGAUAAAAUUGUUGCACAAAAAUAUCACACAAUCAACUCCCAUAACUGUGAAGUGAGAAAGGCUCUUCCAAAGCAGGAGAUGCAGGCCGUUUCUAACCAGAGGUAUCGUGGUGGAGGUGGGGGUAACUUCACGGGCAGAGGUGGAAACUUCGGAGGUGGCAACUUUGGCCGAGGAGGGUACGGAGGAGGAGGAGGCCGCGGCGGCUACGGAGGAGAUGGAUACAACGGAUUUGGUGGUAACUAUGGUGGCAGUCCUGGUUACGGAGGUGGCCGUGGGGGUUAUGGUGGAGGCCCUGGGUACGGUAACCAAGGCGGAGGAGGUUUUGGAGGAUAUGAUAACUACAACGACAGAGGAAACUUUGGAGGUAACUUCUGUGGUGGCGGAGAAGGAGGAGGGGGGAAUUACAAUGACUUUGGGAAUUAUGGAGGACAACAAUCCAAUUACGGGCCCAUGAAGGGAAAUAACUUUGGAGGAAGAAACUCUGGACCUUACGGAGGUGGAUAUGGGUCUGGUGGUGGAGGCGGCUCCAGGCGAUAUUAACCCGCGCGCUCGUCUCUGAUCCACAGUUAGAUGGAGAUGAGGACAGAUGGGUGCAGUGGGAAGGAAAGGACAGAUUACUCAGAGAGAGUGGGAGGGGCCAAGAUCUGCCAGUGCAGCGCAUGAGCUGUGAGAGAGCGUAGACAGACUCUCUAGUGUUUGUGUGUUAGUGGAUGUACAUUCCCUUCAUAUUCAUUCAUGCUCGAUUUUACUCGUUCCGAUUUAUUUUUUGUGCUUACCCCCUCUUGUGACUCUGUGAGCGAGUGUUUCAAGACAUAAUGUUAUGAAACGCUGUUGCCAGAGACGUCUUACAUGAUUGGUUAUGCAAUAUUUUGUGGCCUUGAGUAUACGAUUUGGAGAAUGUCAUGUUAGUGUCUCUUGUAUUUUUCAAUUGUGAGUACAUGUGUUGUUUAUCCUGAGUUAAAAAAAUAUGCUAAAACAUUGAGAGUAGACUCCAUAGAGGGCAUGUACCACGGUAAACAUGUAAAGAUAGACGUCUAGAUUGUUGAACUAUUUUGACAAAUAAAAAGGAAACCAGUUGAAAUAAAGUCACUUAGUGCGUCA